AUGGACCAUCAUCGUGGAAGUAUCGAUGCAAUGGGCUAUGAUAUCUCCCAGUUCGUAUCACAGCAACCUCCUCAGAUAUUCGGCGCCUACCACCCCGACGGAAGCCCUAUCCCUCCCACCUUACCUCCUGGGAGCUACUUCGGCGAUCUUAACGACGCUGGUCUCGACGAUAAUGAUCCAAAGCGGAGGAGAAUUGCAAGGGCAUGUGACAUGUGUAGAAAGAAAAAGAUCAAGUGUGAUGGGAAGAUGCCCAAAUGUGGCCAUUGCAUCAACUAUAAAACGGAGUGUGUAUUUACACAGGUCGAGAAGAAACGCAAUCCCCCCAAAGGAGCGAAAUAUAUUGAAGGACUAGAAAACCGCCUGGGCCGCAUGGAGUCUCUCCUGCGCAUGUCUGGCCUGUUGACCGAAGAGGAAGCCGGCAGGACUGAUCUGGGGACUUUGGAGAAGCGCCUUGCGGAAAAGGCAUCCGCCAGAGAACCUUCUGUUCAUAGAACAAACUCUCCCGCAGGCGUCAAGAGCAGCGCGCCCUCCAUGGCCGAAGGUUCUCCCAGACCGGGCUCUCAACCAGAUUCAAACAAUACCCCCCGUGAAACCGUCGGCUCUCCCAGCACUGAGGGCGAAAAGACCGGUCGUGAGGAUGUCGAGAACCUCUCCGAGGCCAUGUGCUCACUAGUUACCAACAAUGUUGGCGAGACGAGAUAUAUUGGCUCAUCUUCGGCAUUUUCCAUCUUUUCAUCUAAAGGCAUCGAGUGGGUCAAUGAAAAAACUGGAGAUGCCUCAUUUCAAGAAACCAUUCAAAAUGCCGUCAACGAAGAAGAAAACAAGUGGCAAUAUUGGAAGCCCGAGGUCUUCGGAGACAUCUUUGUCCGUCGUGUUUUCAAGCCACUUCCCCCGAAGGAAGAAGCCUUGUCUUUGUUCAAGGACUUCUUUGAAAACUUCAACUGCAUGUUUCCCUUGUUCCACGAGCCAACAUUCAUGCAUCUAGUCGACAAGCAGUAUUCGAAAGACCCCUACGAGGGGAGUGGUUGGUGGGCCAGCAUCAAUGUUGCUCUGGCUAUCGCAUACCGCAUCAGAGUCAUGAGCAAUGUCGUCCCACAAGAGGACGACCAAAAAGCUUGGCUCUACCUCAAGAACGCAAUGGGAGUCAUCACCGAAUUGACCAUGCGAAACACCGAUCUCCUCAGUGUGCAAGCUCUCUUAGGUAUGGCUUUGUUUCUUCAAGGGACGCCAAAUCCGCAACCAUCCUUCUUCCUAAUUGCCGCUGCCAUUCGAUGCUCACAUACCAUUGGCCUUCACAAGCGUGGCUCUGCAUUCAAUCUGAAUCCCAUCGAAGCUGAACAGCGCAAACGAGUGUUCUGGAUCGCCUAUCUACUGGACAAAGAUACCUGCCUCCGUGCCGGCCGGCCGCCCGCACAAGAUGAUGACGAUAUGAACGUCGAACUUCCUUCUGAGGAUCCCCCGGAUAACAUUGGCAACGUACCGCUCGCAGACGGCAAGGGAAAGAUCAACUUAUUCCGCCUGAUGUGUGAGUUCGCCAUCAUUUCCAGCAAAGUCUAUCGCCAGUUGUACUCCGUCAGAGCCUCAAAACAGAGCGAUGGUGAACUUCUCAACACAAUCGGCGAACUUGACAAAGAACUCGAGGCUUGGAAAGACAGCAUACCGCUGGACUUUCGACCAGAGCACGAAAUCAAGACGGCGCACACCCCUCUCAUACUGCACAUUGUCGUCCUACACUUCUCCUACUAUAAUUGUUUGACCACAAUCCAUCGCAUGUCGGUUCACCACGGCUACUGGACCAGCCGUUUAUCCGAAUACGCUAUACAAGGACUCAACGCACGACCCCUCAAUCCCCGUGUCUUUUCAUCUGCAGCGCUUUGCGUUUCAGCCGCUCGAGCCUCGAUACACCUCAUCAAAUACAUCCCCCAGGGCGACUUUGCCUGCGUCUGGCUAGUUUUGUACUUUCCAGUCUCUGCGUUGGUAACACUCUUUGCCAACAUCUUGCAAAACCCGCAAGAUACCCGCGCCCGAGCCGACAUCAAGCUCAUGGAUCUCGUAGUGAAUUUCUUGACCAAUGUCUCGCACGAUGAAGAUACUGGAUCGCUUACCCGCAUGCUUACAGUUUGCGCCGAGUUCGCACGAAUCGCCCGAGUGGUGAUUGAAAAGGCCGAGAAAGAAGGAUCGAAGCGGAAGCGCAGGCUGGUCCCCGAAGAAGUUCUCCGGGUCAACCAGUCCGCCAUGUCACAAAUACAAUCCCAGCUGAAUGGGCGUGCAGCUGGUUCUCGAAGGUCAAGCGCCAACGGAGGUUCUCCUCUUGCACCUUCAACUCUGCCUUCAUCGAACAUGCCCAAUACUCCUCUGAACAACCACGUUCACCUGAAUGGGAUCAACCCUAAUGUCCCCUUUUCCAAUAUGGCCGCGUUCGAGAGUGACUACUUAGACAUGCUGCCACAGACGGGUCUCAGUCCCGAUCUCCUCAAUCAGAACCUUCCAAGCUCUACCAUGUCACCUCUCAAUGUCGGAUCUUUCCAACAACCUUUCGUUCCUCAAGAUCUUUGGCAGAUGCCCAUGACAUUUGAAUGGGACUGGGCCGAUUUUGGGCAGCAGGGCUAUAACGAUUUCGUCUUGAGCGAUAAUUUGAAUGAAGGAAUGAUGCCGAACCAAUGA